AUGAAUGAUUCUCCUUUGCCUGUUUCAUCACGUGUCUGUUUUGUAAAGUUCCAUGAUCCGGACUCGGCAGUUGUGGCCCAGCACCUGACAAACACUGUGUUCGUUGACAGAGCGUUGAUAGUCGUACCAUAUGCAGAAGGAGUUAUUCCUGAUGAGACUAAGGCUUUGUCUCUCUUGGCACCAGCUAACGCGGUGGCAGGUCUGCUGCCCGGAGGUGGACUCCUGCCCACGCCCAACCCCCUGUCUCAGAUUGGUGCUGUUCCUUUAGCUGCUUUAGGAGCUCCUGCUCUUGAUCCUGCCCUAGCUGCUCUUGGGCUUCCUGGAGCAAACUUAAACUCGCAGUCUCUUGCGGCCGAUCAACUGCUAAAACUGAUGAGCACAGUGGAUCCAAAGUUGAACCAUGUAGCUGCAGGUCUUGUUUCACCGAGUCUGAAAUCGGAUACCUCCAGUAAAGAAAUAGAAGAGGCUAUGAAGAGAGUACGAGAAGCACAGUCGCUCAUUUCUGCUGCCAUAGAGCCAGACAAAAAAGAUGAAAAACGAAGGCAUUCAAGGUCAAGGUCACGCUCGAGGAGGAGGAGGACACCUUCUUCAUCUAGACACAGACGGUCGAGAAGCAGAUCAAGGAGAAGGUCCCAUUCGAAAUCAAGAAGCAGGAGGCGAUCUAAAAGUCCAAGGCGAAGAAGGUCUCAUUCCAGAGAGAGAAGCAGAAGGUCUAGGAGCACAUCCAAAACCAGGGAUAAAAAGAAGGAAGAGAAAGAAAAGAAACGUUCCAAAACUCCCCCCAAAAGCUACAGCACAACCAGGCGAUCGAGAAGCACAAGCAGGUAGGGUGGUGCGGCGGCGGCGGGGUCCUUGCCCGCGUCGGCAGGAGGAGCAGGCUCGUCGGUAGCGGGACGGCGGCAUAAAAAGGAGAAGAAGAAGGAUAAAGACAAGGAAAGAAGCAGAGACGAGAGGGAGCGGUCGACAAGCAAGAAAAAGAAAAGCAAAGACAAAGAGAAGGAUCGAGAACGGAAAUCCGAGAGCGAUAAGGAUGUGAAACAGGUCACAAGGGAUUACGACGAGGAAGAACAAGGGUACGACAGCGAGAAGGAGAAGAAGGAAGAAAAGAAAAUGGCAGAUUCUUCCUCCCCGAAAGUCAAGGAGUCUGCCGCCGAGAAGGGCAGUGGAGAUGCCGCCAGGGAAUCCAAAGUGAACGGGGACGACCACCACGAGGAGGACAUGGACAUGAGCGACUGA